AGAUAGGGCACUGAAGCCAACAAAGUCGUGAAACAAUGUAAAAGGCGCGUGCCACGCCGGUACCACCACAACUCGAAAUAGGGUCUCGACUCUCGAGUGUUUGCGGUCACCAUCAUCCGAUCACAGCCAAGACAUUGUCGUCUUAAAGGGAUAAUAUCCCCACAACCCCAUAAGAUCCCGCCUCGGAGUUUGGGGCUUCUUUGAGGGUCUGGAAGCGUGGGUGCAACACCUAACACUGCCUAUCCAUUCUCGAAGUCUUCCUUCCAGCAUCGGGACCACUCAACUGCCGGCAUCUCGACAAUACCGUCCCGCUUGCGUGUGCAAUCCGAUCUCGCGGAACCACGCACCCCGCAAACGGCACGACCCUCUUCGCUCCGAGAAUACCACCACCCCUUCCAUCGGUCGCCGCAGCACACCGGCAAAAUGGACCACCACAGCUCCGCCAACACCACCGCGGCAGCAUGCAAGAUCUCUAUGCUCUGGAACUGGUACACAAUCGAUGCCUGCUUCCUGUCGCCGUCCUGGCACAUCACCAGCCACGGCGCUUUCGCCGCGACCUGCAUCGGGGUGAUCCUGAUGGUCGUUUUCCUGGAAGCCCUUCGACGCGCCGGCAAGGAGUACGACGAGCACAUCCAGCGCGACUUUGCCGCGCGCGUCGCCCUGCUCGCUAAUGGCGCGGCCGGGCCCGCGUCGGCGACCGCUGGCGGCGCUGCUGCUGCCUGCCCCGCGUCCGUUGGAGGCGGGCGGGCGGAGGAGGGGGCGCCGCUGCUGCCGCAGACUGUCACGUUCCGGGCGUCGCCGCUGCAGCAGUUUGUCAGGGCGUUGAUCCAUGCCGCGACGUUUGGCCUGGCGUACAUGGUCAUGCUUCUAGCGAUGUACUAUAAUGGCUACAUCAUUAUCUGCAUCUUGAUUGGGGCGCUGCUGGGCAAGUUCUUGUGUGAUUGGAUGACGCGGACUGUGGUUAUUGGGGCUCUGGGAGACAGCGUGGUGAAGAGUGGGAAUGGCACUGCUGCUGCGGGGAUUGAGGAGCCUACUGUCUGCUGCGGGUGAGCAAGGGGUUUGUGGGCGAUGCUUUAAUACCUGUUGAUACCCUGAUAUUCCAGAGGUGGUAUUAUCAAGAAAGCCGACGCCUUGUUACCUGCCAAACUCGGCUACCGCCGCUGCCUUCGCAAUGUCGUCAGCGAGCGAGACGCUGUUCGUGUAGGACUUCCUCGCCCCGACAACGUCUUUAUGGUCGCGGUUCCACUCCAAAACCUCCAUGGUCAUACCUUCCAGCGUCGUGAGCACGCCCGUGUACCCGAGCCCGCCGUCGCUGACAGGCCGGCUUGCCACGUCGUUCGACGCCACAAGGUGGGCGCAGAUGCUGAAGAUGCCGGGCUU